CUUCUUCAUUUUCAUCUCCAAGCUAGCAAGCACUCUCUAAAUCUUUAACAUUUACAUUUCCACCAUAACGAAAAUGAUGAACGUCUCUCCAUAUUGGAAACGUGAUCAAGUGUUCAUCACUUUCAGAGGUCAAACUCACAGAGAAGGCCUUGUGAGUUUUCUUACAGAAAAAUUAGAGACGAGCGGUAUCAAUUAUUACGUGGACUACCACGAGACGAGAGGGUAUCCCAUCACAAUAGUUUUCCAACGAAUCAGAGAGUCAGGUGUUGCACUCGUCUUCUUCUCAGCCAAGUACCCCGAGUCAUGCUGGUGCUUAGACGAGCUCGUCGAGAUCAAGAAGCAAAUGGAGAUAGGAUCUAUUAUCCCUUUUCCAGUAUUCUACAAAGUGGGAGCUGAGUCCGUCAAGAAGCAGACUGGUUGGUUCGGAAACACUCUCCUCAGAACUGAGGAUCUUGUCCGCAAGAAAGUUGAUCGCGGAAGCAACAAGUCGAUUCUUGAAACAGAGUUAAAGAUCUGGGAGAGGAGGCAAGCCUUAGAGUCUGUUGGAGGAAUAAUGGGGUUUUCUUAUAAACAUAAAUCUGAUCAGGUUUUCCUAAGUGAACUUGUCGUCGAAGUUAAGGAACUACUAGACAAAAAUUCUUCUCCAAGAAAUAUUCAGACUGUUAUAGAGAAACCGUUGAUGCAUCCUCAGGAGGCAGUGACGUUGUUAUUACAAGCUUUAAACCUUAGGAUAUCGGACCUUAAAGAUCUUAUUGCAAAGCCGUUCAUUCAUAUCAAUGGCCUCGGUUCCAUGAGCACUGAUCAUCUGGUGUUUCUCGACCUGAACUCUCUUAUGAACCCUGGCCUUUCUCAGACACCAUUCAAGACGGGUCAAGAUGGAAAGAUUCUCUUGGUGCUGCUAGGUUUUCUAGAAUACUACAAUGAGAGCUUUGCCUUCGCGCCUCUCUUGUUUCGCAAGAAACCUCAGAAAUUUACUGGAAACAAGCCUUUAUUCUCCUCUCAAGAAAUUCAAGAUCGAAGCCACUCUUUACCAGUUGAAGUCACUAAGAGUAAUGACAAUCCUCAAAACCUUCCUGGCCAAGAUACCAACUCCGAUGAUACUUUUAACUGCUUUUCGUUAUUAUGUAACAUUAUGAAGAAUUUGGCAAUGAUUAUUAUCCCUCCGUAUCGAGGAGUGUCCAUCAGUUUUGGUGAACAGCAGCUCGAGCAUAACCUAGUGAACUUGCUGAGAACUGAACUGACUUCUAACCGGUUCUCAGUGCCUGAAGAGGGUGAGAUGAAGGAAAGGAUCAAAGAGUCAAAGGUUGCAAUAGUCGUCUUCUCUUCCAAGUAUCCUGAAUCACAACAGUGCCUGGAUGAGCUCGUUGAGAUCAAGAGGCUUAUGGACGCAGGAGAGAUUGAUCCCUUGCCAAUCUUCUACCAGCUGAAAGAUAAAUCAGUUCGGGAACUGAAGGGGUGGUUCCUCCAUAGGCUUCUCAAGAUAGAGGACCAAGUACGUAAGAAAGUCGAUAGAGGUAGUGAGAAGUCUAUUCUUGAUGCCGAAGCUAAAAUUUGGGGAUGGAGACAAGCUCUCUUGUCUAUCUCCUCAAGACGGGGCUUGAGCUCUCAACAUAGCAAUAUCGCGUUUGUCCGUGAUAUCGUGACCAAGGUCACGAAAAUGUUUGCAUAUAGGGAGAGAAAGCCGAGCCCUAAUUCUUCCUAUGUAACUACUGAUCUUUUGGUCGUAGAAGAGACUCCGAUGCAUAGACAGGAGAUGGCAGCAAUAACAACAGUCCAAUGCCAUGAUAAUGACUUGUUCUACUCUCCAAAUUCGUUCUUACAAGCUCUUAACCUUGAAGUUACAGACAUUAAGGGUUUCAAACAGAUCCCCGAUGGUCUUGCAUCCCUGAGUCUGAAGGGACACGCUAACCUAGUGUUCUUCAGCUUGAGUUCUCCUGACGACCUGGUCAAGUUUCAAGGUUCAGACUCAUUUCAGUGUCUUCAGAAGGUUUUGGCUUUGACUCCUUCCGGUGUCAGCAUAAUUGAAGAGCCGUCUCGGGUCUUGGCAUUAGAACCAAACCAAUCCCAACAAUGGUCUGAUAAUCGUCUUAUUGCCUCAGAACAGGAUCAUCCCAGUAACCAUUUCCCAGCCCAAAUCAAUAAUGAUACAAAUUUGGAAGCAAGCAUGUUUUGAGGCUGAUUCAACUAAACGACAGGAUGCUCAAAAAGAAGCUCUUCGUUGUUUACUUGUGUAUCACGAUAAGUCUUUGUGUUGUUUUUCUUCAUAUUAUUAAUAAGAUGGACGGAUGAUGUUGUAGCAUCCCGCCGCAAAGUAGUAUCAUGUGUCCUGCGACUUCCACGUUUUAUUUCAACUUUUUGUGAUUUGAAGGGAAUUUCGGCAAUUUCCCGACAAAUAAGUUUG